GAUGUGUUCUUUAUAUUGUAGUAGUGUAAAUAAAAAACCUAUAAUGAAUUUUUUGAAAGAAUCAGUGAAGUAUAGUCGCAGAUUCAUUUCUACAUACAAGUUUCUAGAUAUAAAAGAAACUAACCAAGGGUAUAAAAUUAUUCAGUUAGAGAAGAAACCUGUAAACAGCUUAAACACAGAAUUUUGCAGUGAAAUCAUUUUUGCACUAAAUGAGUCUGAAAGUGAUAAGAAAUGUCGAGCUAUUAAUGGCGCAUGUCCUGCUGGUGGAUGCAUGAUUGCUUUUAGUAGUGAUUAUCGUGUUAUGGUAGAUGGUAAACACACAAUAGGACUAAACGAAACAUUAUUGGGAUUGUCUGCUCCAUUUUGGUUAGCUGAAUCAUUAAAAUUACUUGUUGGUCACCGUGAAGCUGAAAGAAUGUUGAGUUUAGGAAUUCUUAGCACACCUUCAGAAGCUUUAAAAAUAGGUAUUGUUGACCAGGUUGUUCCACCAGAGCAUCUUCUCACUUGUUGUAUUACAGAAAUGGAAAAAUGGUUGAAAGUUCCAGAUGUUGGUCGAAUUCAAACCAAAAAGAAUAUAAGAAAGCAAUACAUUGAACAGUUUAUUAGUUGUAGAAACCAAGAUUUAGACCUAUUUGUAAAAGGAGUUCAACAAGAAAAUGUCCAAAAUUUGUUAGGUUCUUAUAUUGAAGCACUGAAGAAAAAGAAAUAACAUUUUGUUGUUAAAUUUUUCUAGCUUAAUGUUGUAUAUAUUUUAAUUUGAUUAUCUUGGAUUUAUAAAAAAUAAAUUUUCAAUUAAUUUA